AUGACCGAUUUUCGACAUCGUAUGAAUGAUAAAUCAAAAGAUCAUCUAUUAUUGAAAUCAGUACCAGUCAAUUAUCAAUCAUCCUUCCAUCAAGAAAGUGAUAGCGCAAGCCACGAAAAAAAUCCACAGCAACAUCCUUACCAGCAAUUACCACAAGACGAAAUUAUGUUGAAACGUUAUCGCCCAAAAUCAUCAUCAAUCGACAUGAAUCUACCGUAUAAACAAAACUGGAGAUCAGACCGGUCAUCAAUAUUUUUAUUAUUGUUUUUAUAUCUUUUGCAAGGAAUUCCGUUAGGUAUGGCAGCUUCAAUUCCACUUAUUAUACAAACAUUCGGCGCAUCUUGGUCACAACAGGCAAUAUUUUCAUUUGCUUUUUGGCCAUUUAGUUUAAAAUUAAUAUGGGCACCUAUUGUUGAUUCCUUAUAUUUAAAAAGAUUUGGCCGAAGAAAAACAUGGCUUAUACCAGUACAGUAUUUAAUUGGCAUUACAAUGCUUGUACUCUCGUAUAGCAUUACCAACCUAUUAACAGCAGCAAAAACAGCUCAUCCACGUACUGAAAAUUUUUUUUUUCGAGUUAUUUAUACAUGGUUGAAUAGAGCUCGUCGAGUUGAUUCAGAAAAUAUGCGUUUUAAUGUUUGA